GACAAAGUUAAACAAUGUGCGAAAUUACGGCUCAGUGGACCCGGCGUUUCCAAACCACGGGUGUAAAAUAUCCCGGCACUAUCAGUACAUACUUGAGGAUUUUUGCUGUGCAUUUCCACAUUAAAGCACUAUUAGCUAAAUAGAGCGGACGAGUGUAAUUGUUUAAACAUCUCGAAGUAGCUUUUUAAAGAAAAUGCAUCUUCCACUGUGGAUUGAUAAAUAUAGGGCCAUAGCCUUGUUUAAAGUAACAUUAAUAAUUAAGUGGAAAUGAGUGGCACGCCGUAUAGUUCGCAGGAGUGCGGUUCACAUCAGGAGCGCCGUGGCUCGCGCUGCGCACUCUCCAUGCACAAGCCGCAUGUGCGCGUUCGCGUCGAGAUACCGGCUGGAGCCGGUAUAAAAAAGAGAAUCCGAAAGACACAUCAUCUCGUUCACUUGCAGUAGCCUGGGCGGCGGUGGGGCGGACGCUGUGUCCUAAAUGUCAUUUUUUGAAUUGUCAGCGUAACAGAAAUGCAAUAAUUUAGGUAGCAGUUCCUCAGGGAACCUCACCGAUACCGCUAGAAACUGAAACAGUUUAGCGCAGAAGAGAGAUGAGCUCAGUGAACGCGUGGCCGGGCGCAUAGUUAAAGAACGGAAGGUUUCUUUUCCCAUCAUUUUUAUUUUGUUUUAUUCACUUCAGCUGGACUGACCAACCUUCCAAAGCUGUCUGUCCCGAUUCUUUCAGUGUGGCCCGUGGAACAUCUCAGCCAACCAUGAAAGCAUGGAGAUCGAGGGUGACGGGCUGCCUGGGGCCCAACGUGUACCCCCAGGAGCCAGAUGGGGGCUGGGGCUGGGUGGUGGCCGGGGCCUUCUUCUUCGUGGAAGCCUUCACCUACGGUUUCAUCAAGAGCUUCGGCGUCUUCCUGCCCGACCUCAUUAGAGACUUCGGCGAGAGCAACAGCCGCGUGUCCUGGACCAUCUCCAUCUGCGUGUUCGUCAUGACCUUCACAGCUCCCCUCUCCUCAAUGCUGACUGGCCGGUUUGGCUAUCGGCUCGUCGUCAUUGCCGGAGGUGUCCUUACCUGCCUGGGCACCGUAGCGACUGCCUUCACUAGCUCCAUCAACCAGAUGUAUGCCACCAUGGGCAUAUCAGGCCUUGGCUACUGCCUCACCUUCCUGCCGACCGUCACCAUCCUAUCGCUGUACUUCAACCGCCGGCGAUCGCUCGUCACCGCCGUCGCUUCCACAGGGGAAUCCUUUUCCAUAUUUGCGCUCGCUCCAGCUUUUGCGGCCUUGAAGGAGCACCUGGGAUGGCGCUACUGCCUCCUGCUGGCCGGGCUGCUGCAGUCCAGUCUUGUGGUGUGUGGGGUCCUGCUAAGGCCCAUCGUGUUGAAGCCAGAGCGCGCAGAGGGGCCCGGCCCCGAGGGGCCCGGCCCUGAGGAGCCCCUGACGGGGCCGCUGGAGAACACCUUCGCCCUGGAGAACGAGCUCACCUGCACGUCCAUCAGCUCUGGGGACUCGGGCCUCCAGUCCAUGUCUGCCUCCUGUCCCGUGCUAGCCGUGGAGGAGAAGUUCCCCCCCAUAGCGGAGGAGGUCCCUCUGAAGCGGGCCGAGGGCCUGCAGGGGGCGCCGGUGUCGGCACGGCCGCGGCUGCUGGACUUCUCCACGCUGCAGGACGGCGGCUUCCUGUGCUACGCAGCCUUCGGCCUUUUCGCCACGCUGGGCUUCUUCGCGCCUCAGCUGUACGUGAUCCCGCUGGGGGUGAGCCGGGGCGUAGCCACGGAGCACACCCCCGUCCUGCUGUCCACCAUGGCGGUGGCGGAGGUGCUGGGCCGGCUCUGCGUGGGCGUCCUGCUGGGCCGGCUGCCCGUGCGCAAGCUCUACGCCCUGGGGGUCUGCGUGGCGGCGCUGGCUCUGGUGCUGGCCGCCUUCCCCAGCGCCGCCGGCUUCUGGGGCCUGAGCACCUGCUGCGCUCUCUUCGGCUUCCUGCUCGGCACCGUGUGCUCCACCCACAUCCCCAUGCUGGCCGAGGACGACGUGGUGGGCGUGGAGCGCAUGCCCGCGGCCGUCGGCGUCUACGUCUUCAUACAAAGCUUCGCCGGGCUGGCGGGCCCGCCUCUGGGAGGGUUCCUGGUGGACCUCACGCAGAACUACGGCUCGGCCUUCUACUCGUGUGCUGCCGGCAUGGCGCUGGGAGCGGUCUUCCUGGGGUGCGUAUUGCCUGCCAGGAGGGCCGCCUGCCUACCGGGGCCCCCCCGGGCCGGAGACACGCCCAGCAAGGACGCGGCCCUCCAGGACGCACCUGUGGACUUCGUGGAGCUGGACCUGGCGCCGGACGCCAGCCCAGCCGAGCUGGAGACGAGCCAGAUCGGAACCUGGGGGGAGGGGGGGUGUCUUAAUACCUCAGGGGCGGACGCUGGUUCCCGAGAACAAAUGAGAACAAAUGAGAACGUGCGAUGCUGAACACUGUAGCACGGAGACUAUGCACACAGGUCAGCUGACUGCACGUGACGCCAGCAUCAGACUAUGAACCAAAGACCCACCCGGUGGCGCAGACGUCUUCUGCCGGACUGUGGGAGGUCUGUUCAUGUAGAGCAGACCAACACCACCUCUUUCAUUCCAUGCUGCUGCUCCGAGCUGAAAUCUGACCACCUUAAACCCUUAUUACUACUUUAUGAUUAGUUUUUUAUUGUCUUUUAAAUAACGUGACAGUGUUUACAGAGAACAGACAAACCUAUUUUAUAUCGUAGCCUGCAAGUGCAGCGGAAACGGUGGAUUGCAGAGUAAAGCUCACAGUUUGAUCCCAGCAUUCUGUACAGUCAUGAAUGCAGUUAUUUUUGUCAUCCUGAGUAGUCUUGAAUGAUUUGGGGUUUUUCUUUUUUUGGUGUGUCUGUACAUGUAUUUAAGCGUCUCUGGGGGGGGCACCUUCCACGUGAUGAUAUCCGUGCUCUUGAUAUCAGCAGUUAAAGGCAGGGUGGGGGGUAGUUUUUCCAGUCCGUUUGCAGACAAGUCGUUUUUCUCACCCGUUUUUCUGUUUACAAACAGUGAGCUACGGUGCCCUGAUUUCCAUGUGGGCAAUAGCCACGGUCUACUUGUGGUUCCUCAGCUCUCUGAGGUCGCUGAGAACAACCUUCAGAUGCUGGAGCUUUGCAGUCACGAGGUGUUGCUACAGUAGAUGGGCCCCGUUUCAUCUGCGGGGGCACAGGUGUCUUCGCAGGAAACCAGUCGGCUGGCCAUGUUCACCAUAGGGACGGGGUUACAUGUAGGGGCCUGCGGGGGCGGGU